AUGGCUCUGACUGCUUCUCAUUUGUUUGCAGCCUGGUAUUGCUCUGGAAAGGUUUCCAAUAUGGCUAUAACUAUCAACGGGAAGCCCGCCACGGCACUGCCUGAUGAAAAUGCUGUUCUUGACGUGAUCAUUAUUGGAGCCGGCCCGGCCGGGUUGGCAGUUGCUUCACGACUGAAUGAGGAAACACCUUCAGCCAUGUUCACGGAUGAAGAACAUCAGCGGUAUCACUGGAUCAAGAAACACAGCGGGCGGAUGGCACUCGUGCAGGCGCACCACCGUAAAAUGAAAGGGGUCAAGGCUGCCAGAUACCCUGGGAUUCAAAUCGGGCACAAAAGCCCCGUCUUUUCGCCAGCAAAGGAGCCGCUGUUCUCAACCCUUGUAUUGGACUCGUCGGGGGACCGAUGGCUGUCGAAAUGGAGAAGAUAUUUUAAGAUGUUGGAGAUCCAGCAGCUCAGGAGCCCGAUGUUUUUCCAUGUCGACCCCGGAGAUCGAGAUGGGAUGCUCGCGUACGCAAGGGAAACAGGGCGGGAGAAGGAGCUCUGGGAACUCCAUAACUGUGUUGGACGCGAAUUGAGCAAACAUAAAAAGAAGAAAAAGUCCAACGCGCGCAUCACGGGAGAGCCUGAAAUCGACGAACGGGACCGGAAAGACUACUACUCCCCCGGAACCGAGCUCUUUCUUGAUUACUGUGAUGCUGUCGCUUCUAGAUACGGAUUGGACAAGCCUGGCCACAUCCUGCAGCGCAACGUCAACAGCAUCAAGUUCGACUACGUCCCCGAACUUCCCAUAACCGACAAGAUCUUUACCGUGACAACCAAAGAAGGGGACACCUUCUUUUCUCGCACUGCGGUCCUGGCUGUCGGCACAGGCGAGGAGAAGGUCUACCCGUGGAAACUCUCGGCUGAUGAAAGCUUGGGCGCAGACCAUAUCUUUGACAUCAAAACGCUUCCGAGCCCAAAGCUGCGAGAGAUGAUAAACAAUGGCAAGGAGACGCAUGUCCUGGUGGUUGGCGGCGGACUUACGUCUGCGCAGAUAUCCGAUGUUGUGAUCAGAAAAGGCGUCACCAAAGUCUGGCUUCUCAUGCGGAGCGACCUGAAAAAAGUAGAAGAAUCAAGCAAUCAACUAACCCUGUGGUGGUGCAUUCAGUCAAGCACUUCGAUGUCGGGCUGCCUUGGGUGGGGAAAUUCAGGAAUUAUGAAAAGGCUGCUUUCUGGUCAGCAGAUGGAGACGAUGAUUGACUGUUUGUUUGCUGAGAGGAAAUCGGUAGAUCGGUUUGACAUGAUCAAUGAAGCUCGAAACGGCGGCAGCAUCAACCCCCGGUACCACAAGGUCAUCAAAAAGCACAUGGCCAAUAGUCGACUGUCGCUGCACACCCGCACAGAGAUUUGCCACAAAACUUGGGCUAUCGCAACAGAGCCUCCGAUCCCAGAUCUGCCUGCCAUUGACUAUGUCUACUUCGCAACCGGCGUGAGAUCCAAUGUGAAGGAGAUGCCUAUGUUGAGGCAUAUCAAUGAAGGCUACCCGAUCGAAGACAAAGGCGGCCUUCCCUGCAUCACGGACGACUUGAUGUGGAAGGACGCCGUUCCGCUCUUUGCACGGGUCGACUGGCGGCGCUGCGGCUGGGCCCAGCUGCUCAGAACCUCGAGGGUGCAAGGACCGGGGCCGAGCGCAUCGCAUGGGCGCUGGAUGAGGUGGUAG